AUGCCACCACCACUGUUCACGGACAACCAAGGUAGCAAAGCCGUUGGUGUGGUCGAUAGGAUGCAGGCGCGAAAGAACUCCAAGAGUGGCCAAAAAGGGCCAGAAGGCGAGCCGUCAAAUGAAUAUGGAGCUAUCAGGCGACUUGGAGACGAUAACCGUAGCGCAGUGAGGGAGUACAUCAACCAGUCUACAAAGAUUGUGCGGAUAGGAUGUCAUCUGCGUUUCAAGUACGAGUGCCUGAACAACAACGUGGUGCCCAGAAGCCUGUCCUGCAAGACCCUCGUGGACACUCCGUAUGGCCGCAAGCUUGCACGGGACUUCAGCCGCAACUGCCUGAAAGCCAGAAUCCAGGACAACAGGCAACAAAUACACCAAGUAAGACGUCGCGUGUAUGCGGCGGAAACCUGUCUCCGAUCGAAGCUCCGUCCCAAUGAUUUCCAUGACAUUAUCAGGGCGCGCAAGCAAGCUGAGGAUUUAGAAAGGAACAAAUGCAUCGAGGUUCAUCGCCACAAACUUGCUCGAUUGUUACAUCAUCGUCAGCCGGAACGUGACGGUUUCAGAGCGGUACAUAACCUUUCUUCGAGGCAACUGUCAGACAACAACAUCAGUCUGCUGUCGAAAGGCCUGAGCUUCGCGAUAGUCCCACGAAGAGUGCCGAAGUGGGACAUUAUCGCGGAGGUUGAGGAAAAGUUGCGGCACAUUCAGGACACGACGGGGGUGAACUUGGCUCGUAGCCGAAUCGUCAGUGUAUUGGCAGGUGCCAAAAGCCCUUGUACGAACCUUACCGCUGAGGAACGCGAUGCGCUCAAGGAUCUCAAGUCAGACAAUUCUAUUGUCAUCCUUUCUGCUGAUAAAGGAAAAGGCACGGUUUUGCUAGACCGAAGGGACUAUGAGGAGAAAAUGCACAACAUCUUGAGCGAUUCCUCGCAUUUUGUGAAGCUGACCCGUGACCCGACAGCAAAAUCGGAACGGCAACUGGUGGAACAGUUACGGGCACUCCGCAACAAGGGAAGCAUUGAUCAAGCGUUGUACCGCCGACUUUUCUUCGGAUGGGGCCACGCCAACGAUUUAUGGGCUGCCCAAGGUUCACAAGGAGGGCUGUCCUCUUUCCCCUAUCGUGUCCUUCGUUGGGUCACCAACCUAUAA